AUUUCAGUCCUGAACUUGGAGAGACAAAGACUAACACCGCAAAGAUUUAAGCAGAAACUGACCUACUCUCAUCAUCAUGCCAAAAAAAACAAUGAAGACAAAGAGGGGACGGGAUAGCAGCCCUGAAUCCCUUCAAGACCCUCCCAAAAAAAGGCCCUGCACCAAAGCUCUGCCAGCAAGGAGCUGCAGCCCUCAGCCCUCCACCUCUGGCUCCCAGCCUGGACGAGCGGACACUGCCCAUCAGAAGGUAAACACUGUCCAGCCAGUGAGAAGCUGCAGCCCUCAGCCCUCCACCUCUGGCUCCCAGCCUGGACGAGACGAGGUUGACCAGAAAGAGUUGUACCCAGGUUGGCGAGUGAGGAGGUCCAGCCCUGAACCCUCCACCUCUGGUUCCCAGUUGUACCCAGGUUGGCGAGUGAGGAGGUCCAGCCCUGAACCCUCCACCUCUGGUUCCCAACAUAGAGAGGAGACUGCCCAGCAGGAGGAAAACAUCACCCAGCCAGUGAGAAGCCCCAGUCCUCAGCCCUCCACCUCUGGCUCCCAGCGUGGACAGGAGGAAGCAGACCAGGAAGAGCGAGAGAUCCAGGAGAUGCAAGAAAGUUUUCGCAGUGGGUACUAUGGAGUCCAGAUUGACAUCGCCGGACCCCGCCCCAUUGCUGUUCCAGCUGUUUACAUGGUUCAUCCAUCUACACCUGUUUUUCCAGCCAUUUCAACGCAGCCACCUCUGGUUAACUACAUUUUCGUGUGAGCAUAACACAUCCCAGAUGGACCAAGGCAUGAUGACUAUUUAGUGGGCUUAAACCAACAAGCACAUCUCGUUUUGAGGAGUCAGCAGAUUGUUCACAGCAAUCCAGCUCUCUCUGUUCCUGUUGUGCUUCCUCCCUCUACAUCCUCUCUUUCAACUGAUCCAUCACCCACACCUGCCUGCCACACGCUGAUUGGAAUUCCACUUACCAAAGUGCUACAUAAAUGAAGAUGCUGCUACCUGUGCCACUACAUCCGUCCAAGGCCAAGCCCAGAGUGCUCGUAGAUGCAUUC